AUGGGCACACAAGCAAUCAGAGAGAAGUUUAUCAACCUGAGGAAGCGGCUUGACCAGUUAGGCUACAAGCAACCACUUAGUCUAGACUGUUUGCCCUUGGUUGAACGAUUGUUUUGUGACUUAGUCUGGACUACUGAGAGUCUGCGAACCGCGAAGAGUGAACUUCUUUCUCAGAUCAAAUUACGGUCAAAUAUCGAAGAUUAUGUGUCCGCCUACAAAUCGGAUAAUGGGCGGUUGAUUCGAGAUAAUAACGACCUCCACAUACAUCUGUUAGCCUUACGGCAAGAUAUAGAGGAGAAAACGAGAGCUUUCGAUGCAAAAUACAGAAGAUCCGAAGGAGAAAACAAGGAUUUAAAGUUAUUCAAUUCCCAGUGUAUGGAAAAGAUUAAGGAAUACGAAGUCACGACAAAACGAAUGACUGAGCAGCUCACACUCUUACAGGAAAAGAAUUCUCAAGUGGUUAUGCACACUCCUGGUUAG